AUGGCUGGUGGACCCAAGAAAUGUUUGUCAUUGAUUGGAUUCGGUCUUAUCUGUCUUAAAAUGGUUGCUUCAGCAAAAACAGCUCCUGAAAUACCCACUAUUGAUCAGGCAUAUUCAAAAAUCAGCAACAGUGUCACCGUGGAAUGGGCUACAGUGCCAGGAGCCACCAGUUACCUCCUGGCGGCUGAAGACGGAAAUACGGUCAUUGAAACCACGGUGGCAAAUUCCCCAGGCACUGUGACAGGUCUGAAGGCUGCGACCUUGUACCGAAUCACCAUCAGAUCCAUCAGUGCCGCUGGGAGAAGCCAGGCAUCGCCCCCAAAGCAGGCAAAGACAGUGUUGGCUGCACCAAUUCUAGAAGUAAGCUCUCCAAGACCAGACUCUAUUGUGGUGCAGUGGGAUGCUGUAUAUAUGGCAACUGGAUUCUCCGUGUCCAUUAUGCGAGCUAAUGGCUUGGGUAGAAUACAGAAAGAGAAUACCACAAACACCUCCUUGACAUUCACCAGUUUAGAUGCUGGGACUCUCUACACCAUAAAGGCCUAUGCGUGGAAUGCCAAUGGAAUCCCUGGAGAUGACUCCACCUUCAAUCAGAGAACAAGUCCUUGUGCACCUUCCAACAUUCAAGUCUCUUUUGAUAGUGGGGCUCUGAAGGCAUCUGUUUCAUGGGCACUGACAGAAGGAGCUUUCAACUAUACCGUGAUGGCUUUGAGUGGCUCUUCAGAGUUCAGCUGUAGUACCUCUUUCAGUUCCUGCACCAUCUCUUGCCUCCAGUGUGGAACUGAAUACCUGAUUUCAGUUGUAGCAAGUAAUGAUGCUGGAUCUAGCAAAUCAACUGCAGCAGAGACUCUGAAAACUGUUGCUUGUGCACCUGGAAGAGUGACGAUCCAAGAAGAAUUCCCCGGCCACCUGUCUGUUGCUUGGUCCAGUGUCAAGUUGGGUGAUUACUAUGUGGCCUUUGUGAAGAGUGAUGAUGGCUUGGAAGUACACUGUAACACAUCCCUCACCCAGUGCAAUUUCCUGUCUGAAUGUGGCUUCACUUACUUUAUUAGUGUUUUUGCUUAUAACAAGGCGGGACAGAGUCCUUUGGGUGACGUGUUCAAUUAUACCACAGCUCCCUGUUGUCCCAGAGACAUUAACCCCGUGUUCGUGUCCAGUGACAGAGUGGAGAUCGUCUGGUCUCCUGUCCGUGGUGCCGAACUUUACGAAACCAAGGCUGUGGAUGGGUACAACGUGGUUGAAUGCAAUGAUACUGUCCCUGCUUGCACCCUUUCAGCUCUAGAAUGUGACACCAAGUACAACAUCACGGUGUAUUCAUUCAGCGAAGUCCGGGGCAGCAAUAUGUCAUGCACAUCCCAAUUUAUAACCACAGCUCCUUGCAGUCCUGAAAUAAAACAUGUUUCCAAGGAUGCGUCCUCUAUAAUUAAUGUGCACUGGCAAUCCACCAAUGAUGAUGCUACCUAUACGGUGACUGCACAAGGAGAGAAAGGGCUGUACCAGUGCAGUAGCAGGGGGGAGUCUUGCACCAUGGCAGGCCUGCCCUGCGGCUCGGUGUUCUCCAUCGCCGCUGUGGCUGAGACCCAGGCGGGACAGAGCCUGCCCAGCUACAGUGUGCUCCUAGAAACAGUGCCGUGCUGUCCAGCUGGUCUGACAGUAACUCAUGUCACCCAGUCGGUAAUCAACGUGAGCUGGACCAUUGGGACUGGGGUGCAAACCUUUGAAGCCGUUCUGGAGUCACACGCUGGACAGUCUAAAUGCCACACCCAUCAAAACCACUGCCUCCUGGGAUGCAUCGUGUGUGGUGUCAAUUACACAGUGGCAUUAAAAACAAUUAGUGCCACUGGGCUGUCUGUGGACUGUGCCUACCAAAGUCAUUCCUCUAGUGCCUGCUGCCCUUUGGGGGUGAAAUUAUAUAGAUUGGGCCCUAAUGGCAUCCGGAUCUACUGGCAAGCCUCCAGGGGUUCCGCCAAUUACAGCACUGACCUCUAUGGCUCCAAAGGCAUUUUCACGUGUGUCCCAAGCGCUGGCCUCAGUUUCUGUGACGUCACUGAGAUUCCCUGCGGGGAUGUAUAUACUGUGAUGGUCUCUCCAGUUGCUGAAACAGGACUGAAGCUUACUUUCUGUCCAAAAAAAAUAUAUUCAGUAACCUGCUCUGGAAGUACACUUGGAAUGGUGAUUUACAGAGGGAAGAGAAAUACCGAAUGACACAUUGAGUCUUGGAUGAAAAGGAAGACUUGCCUGAAAUUGUCUCAAUUGUUAGUGAUUAGAGCUGGAAGAAGAACGAUUAGAAUACAAAAUGCCUCUAGGAUAGCAACAGCUCCUGCGGUUUUUAGAAAAACAACUAUGACUCCACUUCUAGAGGGCGAGGUCAGGUGUGUCUUCACCUGCACAGCAGUUCAAGAUCUGCUGCAGAAACAGCUCUAGAGAGAAAAUGGAUCCAGAAAUCCAGAAAGUCUUCUGGGAAUCUGCCAGAGUGAGCCAGCACACUGUGAGAAUUCGGGAAACAUGAAAGAUCUGUUCAGUAGAAAUUCUUUCUGAAAUUUCACAUCCAGACACAUCAUAGACUUCAACAUAUCCACUUCAUGAAAGUUUUAUCAACACCAGCACUUGCCCAUGCAGCGUCCUAGGCAUGCAGGGGCUGAAUACUUUCACUCCCAGAGAAGCCAAGCCACCCACACUGAGAAAGUGCUCAUCCCAAGACAAACCGCCUGCCUGAACUUCGGCAUAAGUUGGAGAGUAGCAGCUGUCAGGGCAACCUGUAGUAACAAACGCCUUCAUUGCAAGUUAGGAGGGAAGCCAAGCUGCUUGGGGGUCUGCCAAACCAAAGCCUCAGUGAUGUGGCGUCCAUGGGAGCCUCCAUUUGGGAAAGCACAACAGCUGGCAUGAUUCUAGAGGGAAUGUAGUCAUGCUUUCUGGAUGAGCAAAGACUUCAGAUGCAGGGGCAGCCAAGUGCAGAGCUUCAAACUGUGGCAGACUGGCAUGCAUGCACCUGGUAGGGGAGGAGCAUCAAUCUUACUGGUUAUCUCCCUGCUCAGACUGUUACUGCUAUCAUCUUUGAACUGGAAAGGCAAUGAUAUAUAACAUUAAUCUAUUGUACUUAGAAAAAUGUUAUCUUUCUACUGCCAGUAACCUUAUUUUAAAAAAAUAGUUCAAAUAGUGUUUACCUUCUCAGCAAAUAGAUUUCUCUAACAAGUCAGAGCUCAAAUCACCUCCUCUGGAAAUCAGCUUCCAGUAGUAAUUCCCUUCUUUUGGAUCCUAAAGCAUUGUUAAUCCUCUUUCAUGCAAUUUAGCACAUGAAUUUGUGUUUGUUGAAUAAAUGAUUAUU